AUGGAACAAAAUAACAGUUCCCAAGAGGACUUUGUUCUCUUGGGUUUCUCUGACAAGCCCCAGUUAGAGACCGUCCUUUUUGUGGUUAUCUUGGUCUUCUACAUCUUGAACCUGGUGGGGAACAUGACCAUCAUAUUAGUGUCCUGCUUAGACCUCAAACUGCACACCCCAAUGUACUUCUUCCUUAGCAAUCUGUCCUUUGUAGACCUCUCCUUGACCACUUGCAUUGUCCCACAGUUAUUGGUCACCAUGGGAAAAAAAGACAAGACCAUGAGCUACAGUGGCUGUGUGGUACAACUCUAUGUGUCCAUGGGUUUGGGAUCCACUGAGUGUAUUAUUUUGGCUGUCAUGGCCUAUGACCGCUAUGCAGCAGUCUGCCGCCCCCUCCACUAUGCAGUCAUCAUGCAUCCUCAGCUCUGCCUGUCUUUGGCUGCCACAGCAUGGCUCAGUGGCUUUGUCAUCUCUGUUAUCCAGUGCUCUCUUACUAUACAGCUACCCAUGUGUGGUCAUAACCAGCUUGACCACAUCUGCUGUGAGGUGCCAGUGUUGAUUAGGCUGGCCUGUGUGGACACAACCUUCAAUGAAGCUGAGCUUUUUGUAGUCAGUGUGGUCUUCCUCAUAUUGCCUGUCUCUCUCAUACUGGUCUCCUAUGGCUACAUCGCCCAGGCCAUAUUGAGGAUCAAAUCUGCAUCAGGACGUCAUAAAGCAUUUGGGACAUGUUCUUCUCAUCUAGUGGUCGUAAUCAUCUUCUAUGGGACCAUCAUCUUCAUGUAUCUCCAGCCAGUCAAAAGUAAGUUCAAAGACCAGGGGAAGUUUGUCUCCCUCUUCUACACUGUGGUCACACCUCUGUUAAAUCCCCUCAUCUAUACUCUGAGGAACAAGGAUGUGAAAGGAGCACUAAGAAAGUUGGUACUUGAGAAGAUUCUCGUGUCAGAGAAGUUGUAA